CCGCCUGGUGCAGAGCGCUGGGCGCUGUGAGCAGUGCUGCCAUUUAAAGGGGCCACGACCCCUGUCCAGGCUGCUAGGGAGGGAGGUGGAGAAGGAGCGCGGGGCCUUCGCUGUCUGCAGUUCUAGGGUUGUAGCUGGUACACUAACCCUGCUGCAGUCCACAGCCCAUAUCCACUCAUCCUCAUGGACCCCAGUGAUUUCCCCAGUCCAUUUGACCCGUUGACCCUGCCAGAGAAGCCCCUGGCUGGAGACCUUCCAGUAGACAUGGAGUUUGGUGAGGAUCUACUGGAAUCCCAGACUGCCCCAACUCAAGGAUGGGCCCCCCCUGGCCCUUCUCCAUCCUCGGGAGCUCUGGAUCUGCUUGAUGCCCCUGCUGGCCUGGAUAAAGACCCUGGAGUCCUGGAUGGAGCCACUGAGCUGUUGGGGCUGGGGGGGCUACUCUAUAAAGCCCCCUCUUCCCCAGAGGUGGACCACGGUCCAGAGGGGACCCUUGAGUGGGAUACUGGAGAUCACACCUUAGAAUCUGGACCAGGGGGUCAGACCCCUGAAGUGUUGCCAACUGAUCCUGGGGUGGGGGCAAAUCCCUCUUCACCGGAAGGGCUCCUGGAGUCUUUGGCUCCAGAUACUCCACUAGCCCUGCAGUCCGCUCAUAUUGAAGAGGAGACCACCUCUGUAUCUAAAGGUAGAAGAGGCUCCCCUAGGCAGGAGGAAGAACUUCCCCAAGGACAGCCACAGAGCCCGCAUGCCCUCCCUAGCCCUUCAGUGGGAGAGGCUCUGGGGGACGGAAUCAACAGUUCUCAGACCAAAGCUGGGGGCCCUACCCCCUCUACACACCCUUCCUUACCAGGAGAUGGACUGACUGGAAAGGCGAUUGAGAAGCCGCCUGAAAGGGUACAGAAGAGAAGUGAGCGUGUGCGAAGAGCAGAACCUCCUAAACCUGAGGUUGUGGAUUCCACUGAGAGCAUUCCAGUGUCAGAUGAGGAUUCCGAUGCCAUGGUUGAUGAUCCCAAUGAUGAGGACUUUGUGCCAUUCCGUCCCCGGCGCUCUCCUCGCAUGUCCCUCCGCUCAAGUGUGGCUCAAAGGGCAGGGCGCUCCUCAGCGGGCACCAAGAUGACUUGUGCCCAUUGCCGGACUCCACUGCAGAAGGGGCAGACAGCCUACCAGCGCAAGGGACUGCCUCAGCUCUUCUGCUCCUCAUCCUGUCUCACCACCUUUUCCAAGAAGCCCUCUGGCAAAAAGACCUGCACCUUCUGCAAGAAGGAAAUCUGGAACACUAAGGACUCAGUUGUGGCGCAGACUGGCUCAGGAGGCUCCUUCCAUGAAUUCUGCACCUCUGUCUGCCUCUCCCUCUAUGAGGCUCAGCAGCAACGUCCAGUCCCCCAGUCUGGGGAUCCUGCUGAUGCCACUCGCUGCAGCAUAUGUCAGAAGACUGGAGAGGUCCUGCAUGAGGUCAGCAAUGGCAGCGUGGUGCACCGGCUCUGCAGCGAUUCUUGCUUCUCCAAAUUCCGGGCCAACAAGGGACUGAAAACCAACUGUUGUGACCAGUGCGGGGCAUACAUCUACACCAAGACUGGGAGUCCUGGUCCCGAGCUCCUCUUCCAUGAGGGCCAACAAAAGCGGUUCUGCAACACAACCUGCUUAGGGGCCUACAAGAAGAAAAACACACGUGUGUACCCAUGUGUCUGGUGCAAGACCCUGUGUAAGAACUUUGAGAUGCUAUCACAUGUGGAUCGUAAUGGCAAGACCAGCUUGUUCUGUUCCCUGUGCUGUACCACCUCUUACAAAGUGAAGCAGGCAGGGCUCACUGGCCCUCCCCGACCCUGCAGCUUCUGCCGCCGCAGCCUCUCUGACCCCUGUUACUACAACAAGGUUGACCGCACAAUCUACCAAUUCUGCAGCCCCAGCUGCUGGACCAAGUUCCAGCGCACAAGCCCCGAGGGGGGCAUCCAUCUGAGCUGUCAUUACUGCCACAGCCUCUUUAGUGGCAAGCCUGAGGUCUUGGACUGGAAGGACCAGGUGUUCCAGUUCUGCUGCCGAGAUUGCUGUGAGGAUUUCAAGAGGCUCCGGGGUGUGGUGUCCCAGUGCGAACAUUGCCGGCAGGAGAAACUCCUUCAUGAGAAGCUCCGAUUCAGUGGGGUGGAGAAGAGCUUCUGCAGUGAAGGUUGUGUGCUGCUAUACAAACAGGACUUCACCAAGAAGCUGGGAUUAUGCUGCAUCACUUGUACUUAUUGCUCCCAAACCUGCCAGCGUGGAGUCACUGAACAACUGGAUGGCAGCACCUGGGACUUCUGUAGUGAGGACUGUAAGAGCAAGUACCUGCUGUGGUACUGCAAGGCUGCACGGUGCCAUGCCUGCAAACGCCAGGGGAAACUGCUAGAGACCAUCCACUGGCGUGGACAGAUCCGUCAUUUCUGCAACCAACAGUGUCUGCUGCGUUUCUAUAGCCAGCAAAACCAACCUAACAUGGAUACCCAGAGUGGGCCUGAGAGUCUCCUGAAUAGUCAGUCUUCUGAGUCAAAGCCCCAGACCCCCUCUCAAACCAAAGUGGAGAACAGCAGCACGGUGAAGACCUCAGAGGAAAAUGAGAAUUUGGGCAAGAUCCCCACAAAGACCCGAUCGGUUCCUGCUGCUGCCACCCCUCCUCCCCCACCACCCCCAGCAACACCCCGAAAAAACAAAGCUGCCAUGUGUAAGCCACUGAUGCAGAACCGGGGAGUAUCCUGCAAGGUGGAGAUGAAAUCCAAAGGGAGCCAGACAGAAGAGUGGAAGCCACAGGUGAUUGUGCUGCCCAUCCCAGUGCCCAUCUUUGUGCCAGUGCCUAUGCAUUUGUACUGUCAGAAAGUCCCGGUGCCUUUCUCAAUGCCGAUCCCGGUGCCUGUGCCCAUGUUCCUGCCCACUACCUUGGAAAGCACAGACAAGAUUGUGGAGACCAUUGAGGAGCUGAAGGUGAAGAUCCCUUCCAAUCCCUUGGAAGCCGACAUCCUGGCUAUGGCAGAAAUGAUCGCAGAGGCUGAGGAAUUAGACAAGGCCUCAUCUGAUCUGUGUGACCUCGUGAGCAACCAGAGUGCUGAGGGGCUUCUGGAAGACUGUGAUCUCUUUGGGCCUGCUCGAGAUGAUGUCCUGGCUAUGGCUGUCAAGAUGGCCAAUGUCUUGGAUGAACCUGGGCAAGACUUGGAGGCAGACUUCCCCAAGAAUCCUUUGGACAUUAACCCCAGUGUAGACUUCCUCUUUGAUUGUGGCCUAGUAGGGCCUGAGGAUGUACCUACUGAACAAGACCUUCCCAGAACCAUGAGGAAGGGUCAAAAACGGCUGGUGCUUUCAGAGAGUUGCUCUCGGGACUCCAUGAGCAGCCAGCCUAGCUGUACUGGACUCAACUACUCAUAUGGUGUCAAUGCUUGGAAGUGUUGGGUUCAGUCUAAAUACGCUAAUGGAGAAACCAGCAAGGGUGAUGAGCUGCGCUUUGGCCCCAAACCUAUGCGUAUCAAAGAGGACAUUCUGGCCUGCUCAGCUGCUGAGCUCAACUAUGGCCUGGCCCAGUUUGUGAGAGAAAUCACUCGACCCAAUGGUGAACGAUACGAACCAGACAGUAUCUACUAUCUGUGUCUUGGUAUUCAACAGUACUUGCUGGAAAAUAACCGGAUGGUGAACAUUUUCACGGACUUAUACUACCUGACUUUCGUGCAAGAACUCAACAAGUCUCUGAGUACCUGGCAGCCCACACUCCUUCCCAACAAUACGGUGUUCUCCCGAGUGGAGGAAGAGCAUCUCUGGGAGUGUAAGCAGCUGGGGGUCUACUCUCCUUUUGUCCUUCUCAACACCCUCAUGUUCUUCAACACUAAGUUCUUUGGGCUGCAGACAGCUGAAGAGCACAUGCAGCUCUCUUUCACCAAUGUGGUGCGGCAGUCCCGGAAGUGCACCACCCCAAGGGGCACCACCAAGGUGGUGAGCAUCCGCUACUAUGCCCCAGUCCGCCAGAGGAAAGGCCGAGACAUAGGUCCUGGGAAACGGAAGAGAGAAGAGGAAAGCCCUAUUUUAGAGCAGCGUGAGAACCGCAUGAACCCGCUCCGCUGCCCUGUUAAGUUCUAUGAAUUCUAUCUCUCAAAAUGUCCUGAAAGCCUCCGGACUCGCAACGAUGUGUUCUACCUGCAACCUGAGCGAUCCUGCAUUGCUGAGUCACCUCUCUGGUAUUCUGUGAUCCCCAUGGACCGGAGCAUGUUGGAGAGCAUGCUCAAUCGCAUUCUAGCCGUGCGCGAGAUUUAUGAGGAGCUGGGUCGUCCUGGGGAGGAAGACCUGGACUGAGCCCAAGUGGCAUCUGUCUCCAUCUUUCAUACCAAUCACACAGGGUGACUGGCCCAGGAACCAAUGCUACUACUCAUUUCAAAGGGCUCUGACUGCCCUUUUCUACUUGUCCAUUCCCUGCCUCCCCUAGGAACCUCCUGCUUUUGCCUACUUCCAUACCACUUGACAACCACGGGACUCCAGUCCUCUGUACUCAAGGGGAUGGUCUCCCAGUGAUGGAUGGAACAGAACCAGGCCGUUUUCUUCAUUCUUUAGAGUAAACCCCUUCUCCUGGGGCCAGACUGUGGGUGGAGUGUUAAUAGCUCUGGUGAUCCUUUUGGCUUUGGGCUUCCUGACCCAUCCCACAUAGGCAAAGUCCCUUGUUCCUAGGUUUAGCCAAGGAAAGAACCUAGCUGCCUUCUCUGCCCUGUGCCCUUUCCCUUCCCUACUUUUCCCUUGUGCCACACUGAAAAGUCUUAUGUGAAAGGAACAUUGAGCGUGAGGACCAUUUACUUAAAACAUGGAGCUCGGACACUCUUCCCCUCCUGUGAGAUAACUUGCUGUUGGAACACCCUCAUCACCUUGUGCUCCCUCUCUACCCCUGCAGGCACUGACCCUUGGUGCUGCAAUUAAAAAAAAAAAAACUAAAAAAAAACAAAACUCUCCCAAAUGUUUUCUUUUUCUUAAAGGCAGAGAAUGGUUCUAAGUAUGGGGAAUAGAUUCCUGUCCCCUUGGUUUAUGUGUUUGUUUCUCUCCGCCAUCUUAGGUUGGCAUGAGCCAUGGUGUCAACAUGCUUAGCCCCCUUUCUUUAACUGCCUCCCUUUAGCUCAAUGGACAGACUUCUCAAGGCAAAGACUACCUUCUGACUUGGGUUGGGGCUGGGUUCCCCACUCUUGUUCUGCCCCCCUUGUGAGAGCCAGGCCAUGCCUGUGGGGGCCCCUGGGUUGUGCAAGAUGGGAUUCUGUGGUCAAAGGAUAAGUGAGGAUCUGUGAGUGUGGGUCCUGUCCCCACUACCUAUAUCUUCUCUCUUCCCCAUCUUGCCUUCAUAUAUCAAGAAAGUACAUUGUCCAGCAAAGGGGGUACCCAAAUUCUUUCCCUGUUGGCUUUGCUGUUUCCUGGCCUCCUUUUUGUGUUUUUAUAACUGUCACCAGUUAGCCACUGUUUAAAUUGUAUAUAUUGUUCUGAGGCAUCUGACCUUGUGCUGUAGUGAGAAGCCCACCCUUGUGUUGUAGUAAGAAGCUAUUGUCACAACUAACCUUGUCUCUGCAAUUGUUUGUUUCAAAUAAAGAGUUAAAAUAGU